AUGGCGCCGUGUCGGCUAACACAUUAUCGUUAUUUCAGUACCAGUGAAGUUGUUGAAAAGGGUCUUCGUGCCUUAGAGAUAUUGAAGGUUGACCCGCAACGCCUUCGUGACAACCGUGACGUAGUAGUUUACACAAGGAACCGAGUCUGCCCAGACUGCAAACGUGAAGUGUGUAUUCGUACGCCGGAAUUUGCUGAAACUAUUUGUCCAGCUGCUUGGCGGUAUCUUCACGGUUUCUCUCAGAAGUGCCAAUGCCCUCUCAUAGGGGUAAUGCGUUUCACACGUUUUGGGAAGUUACGAGUCGAGCUUCGCGCACGUUUGGAAGCAACUGGGUCUAACUCUGUCACUGAAAAUUAG